AUGGGCAAAAAACUGGGGAAGAAAAGCCCGGCAUUCAAAUGCCACAAAAAAUACUUUCAGCAGGCCAAGAAAACAGCGGAUGUGUUAGUUGUGGAGAACGUUCCACAAUACCAAUCCAGUACUGUGGAGGAGGAACUUGGGGAAGAUUGGAGGGUUCGCUACUGUGUCAUAGAUCCUCGAAUUGUGGGACUCCCAGCUGCAAGGUCCAGAAUCUACCUGAUUUGCUACAACAAAAAGGUAGUCCGUUGGAGACCUGAUAUCACUCUGGAAUCGGUUUUGGGCGCCUUGACUUCGAGGGUCAUCACUGACGCUUCGAUGUACUUGUGGAUGGAGCUGCCGCCUGACACUUUGAGCACGUCAAAUCUCAAGGAGUACAACCAGAACCCCCGCUACAAGGGCAAAAUGUUUCAGGAUCUCAACCAAUUGGCCAGAAACAACAGAGGCCGUACAGAGUUGGUCGAUGGUGCGCUGCCAACGUUGACAUGCAGUUCAGGGUCCAUUUGGAGCAAGGAAAAAUCUCGCUUUGUCGCGCCUUUGGAGAUGCUCAGCUCCCAAGUCUUACCUGUCACCUCGGCGCAUGCCAAAGCUUGCAUGGCCCCGACCUUCAACGUUGAUCAAGACGAACAUCCAGUUCGGUACCUCUUGGAGACCUGGGAGCCUGGCAUGCUCGAUCCCUUGUGUUUGUGGCUGGACGAAAUCCUUGAUUCCGAAGCACCGUUCUGUCCUGACCUGAAAUCUAUGGUGCUGCCAGCUUCGGCCACUGGCCAGCUAUCUGUGCCGCUCCUGGCUUUGGCAGUCCAAUUGCCUCCUGAAGGCUUGCCUGUCCUGACCGAUUGGGUUCGGACUGGGGCAGACAUUUGGUAUGCUGGCUAUGAAGGCUGGCGAGAGCCAAUCGAGACUCGCAUCGAGAAGCAGGACUUGUUCGGGUCCCCUAUGCACCAUGGGUGCUUGGUUCCAACCAAAGGAAUCACCAGGGUAUCUAUCCUACAGUUUGCGGUGAUCUACAGCUACAAGGAGCUCCAGGGCAAGAUGGAUGAAGCUGCCAAAGCAGACUUCAUAAGGUUCUUGAAGACCGUGCAGAGCAUUCCCUGCGCCAUCCUCGACCUCGGUGGCAACACUGUGUCGGUCUACAACUUCACGCGAAUACAGAUAACGGAGCAGCAUGUGGAGAGGCAGCGCAAAAAUAUCUUGCAGAAGUGCCUGAUCUUCACACAGAGAGCGCACGAGCUGCUGCAGGAUACUGGAAAGUUCCCUGAGUUUCGCGAUGCUUGGAUGGAGGUGAUAGCAGAAUACAACCAGUUUGGAAUCACCCACUUCAGCGAUCGCUUCCAGAUCGAUGAUGCUGCAGCCGUAGCGCUGUAUGGCUUCAAGGCUAUCAGCUUUGGAGUUGGUGUGUGCCAGGAUGCUUGGGACAUGAUCUCGAAGCACCUGCAUCGGUACCGUGUCGCAGAAUCAGCAUUUGGCAAAGAGACCCUGAACAAUGGGCGUUGGCUAGUGGGAGCUGGACCGAACUCUUCUGGGUGCAAUGCGCUAUGGCAUUCGAUCUUGACAGUCGAUGCCGAAAAACAGGUCUUGUUCUUGCGAAGAAUUCUGUUCCUCCACAACCGAGCUGUUUCACGGGGAGGUCGUGCUUCCACCAUACGUUUGGCAGUAACAGAGCGCAUGUGCCUCAUGCAGUACAUCAUUCACGAGAUGAAGCUAGCUCGUGACCAUGAUGGCAAUGCAAUCUUCGAACCUGAUACGGUCGAAAAAGUCACCAAGAGAUGUGUGGACGGGGACUACACCGCAGAACUGACUGAAGUGUUGACCUUGAAAAAUGGGAACUUUCAGCCGCACCAACUGCAGCUGUGGACUGAGAAUGUGGAGAAAAAGUCAGCACCGGUUGAGAACAGCUUCGCAGCAGUUGACACCAAGAUCGAGCAGCUGGAUCGAGAUGCUCGAGAUUCUGCCUUCCGGCAGGAUUGCUUGAAGCUUACCAGGGAUUGUGCUCAGCUGUCUUUGCUGUACAAGCAGGAGACAAAACAUGAGAGAGCUCUCCGAAUCCAAAGGGUCACCCACCUCAAGGAACAGAAUGUCCAAGGAGCCAACUUCAUCAGACAGUUUAUGUUGCUGAACAUGCGGCAUGUUGGAGGUCGCACGGGGGAAUUGGAAUCCGCCAUGGACGAGUUCACGCACUCCAUCAACAAGCUGGAAAAAAUUCAGACUGGUGGCUUGAUCCUAUGGUUGGACUACACGAAGUAUGGCAGACUUUCCAACAAUGACUUGAAUGAUACGUUGGAGAUCGCCCGCAGCAUGCUGGCAAAGUUCCCAACCCGGUCCUGCAUGCUGGUCAUCUGCCCGCACCUCACCAGCGAAAAAGUCCAGAACGGCCUUAGAGGAGAACUGAGGCGAAUUGAAGACAAACUAGACGCCUUGCAGAUCUACAGUGACAUGGUGACAUUGAGGUGCACCAGGGUGAGCCUGUCGUGGCUCCCAGAGUCUUCUUACGUGGUUCCUGCGCCAGCCAAAGAUGCGCCACCCAAUUCAGCUGAGACGAGGUCGCUUUCCCAAAUGCAAGAGUCAGCCCAAUUCCUUGCUGGAGGCCAGUUGCCAGAACAGGCGUUGGGUGCCCUACUGGCAAAAACCAAGGUGAAAGGGAUUGUGGGUGUGGUGAAUUUGUCGCCAUACGACACCUGGCUCGAAACCUCUGCCAUGAAGUGGGGUAGAAAAACCAAUGGGGAGAUCGUCAUGCCCACGCUUUCCCUCUCCAAAAACUUGACUGUGAUCUCCUACUGCGAACGUAGUGCUGCCCUUCAGCUGAUGCAGGACUGGAAGAAAGGUUCUCACUGCAUGGGAAGUUCAGCGCCAAAGUAUGACCCGCAACCGCCAAAAGUGGAUGACGUCGACGCCACACAGUUCCCACUCCAGGUCAUCAGACUGGAACCAAACCCCAAUGAGAAGACGGGCUGGAAAAGGUGGAGAAUUUCUUUGCCGCAAAGUUUUCGCCAACAAUGGCUGGAUGAUGUUGUCUACUCGCAGGAAUGGAGAGAACUCAUUUCAGACUUCGACUCCAAGUUUGGUCUCGCGUCACCUGGAGCUGAAAGCACUGCAGGAAGUGAAUCUUCCAUCCAGUCUGUGAUGCCAUCCCGCAAGCCUUGGGAGGGAGAGCCAAAAACCAUAGAUGAACGCUACUUGGUAGAGACAAAGCUUGGUGGUCGGACCGUGGGCUCUACGCUGUACCUGGUGUCGGCCAGAUCCAGGGAUGGCAGCCAGCAACAAGUUGUGGAGGGCCAGUCCUACAAGCUUUUCCUUGCAGCCCACAUGCAAAUCGAAGUUCCGAUCUGUGAGUUUCAGCUGGGGCAUGGAGCUUCCAAGUUCUUGAAACCUGAGAAGGUUGCAGCACUGCAAAGGGAGAACAAGCCAGGCUAG